AUGUCUGAACCCACGCUCGAGUCUCUUCAGUACACCAUCAACACCGCAUACAUGCUGGUGGCAUCGGCUGGAGUGUUUGUUAUCACUCCGGGAAUUGGCUUAUUCUACGCGGGCAUGCUCAGGAAGAACAGUGCUAUGCAGGUGAUUGUUCAAUCGUACAUCACCACGUUUGUUGUCACGAUACAAUGGUGGAUAUGGGGCUAUGCCCUGGCAUUAGGAGAUGGAAGCUCUUUUCUAGGAAACCUGAACAUGGCUUUCCUCAAGGACUCGAACCCUGGUCCCUUGGUCGAAGGAGGUCCCGUUCCCAGUGCAGCCUACUUCAUCUUUUCCGUCUUCUUUCCCGUUUGCACUGUUCAGAUCUUUUUAGGGAGCACAGCCGAAAGAGGCCGUGUGAUUCCGGCGCAGAUCAUCGGGUUUCUGUUCACUACAGUGGUAUACUGUCCUCUGGCAUACUGGUUCUGGGCACCCAAGGGCUGGUUGCUGGUUCUAGGCACGCUGGAUUUUGCUGGAGGAGCACCUGUUCAUAUUGCUGGAGGAACCGCAUCUUUGGCCUAUGCCAUGUUCCUGGGACCACGAAAAAUCACCCCCAGAUUCCAUGCCUAUAAACCACACAAUGCGACAAUGUCUAUGAUUGGCACGACUCUCAUCUGGUAUGGCUGGCUGUUCUUCAACUCGGGGACUCUCCAGGCUGUCAACACCCGGACAGCUUACAUCAUGCUCAACACCCAUUUGAGUGCCUCUGCAGCUGGAAUGACUUAUGUCAUCUACGAUAAGAUCUUCCACAAAAAAUUUUCUAUGAUGGGUGCAUGCGAAGGAGCUAUUGCAGGACUGGUCGCUGUUACUCCUUCCUGUGGUUACGUUGCGCCAUGGGCUGCCUUCACUGGAGGCAUCAUGACUGCCCUGGUGUGUAGAUUGACCAUAAACGUGAACAAGUGGCUACGAGUCGACGAUGCCAUCUACUCGUUCAAUCUCCAUGCCAUUGGUGGAUGUAUGGGAUCCCUCGUUACCGGCUUCUUUGCGUCUUCAACUUGGACUGAUAUGGAUGGCAGUAAAGACGCUAUUGCUGGAGGUUGGAUUGCCAACCACUGGGUCCAGAUCCCUUACCAGCUGGCUGGACUGGGAGCCACUAUUGGCUGGACGUUUGUCGUCACCUAUAUUCUCUGCUUUGUGGUGGACAAGAUUCCGGGCCUGAAGCUCCGAGUAGAUGAAGACCAAGAACUCAAGGGUAUGGACGCAUAUGACAUUCUGGAGUCCGCUGGAGAGACCAUUGACGGUGUCAUUGUUAACACAACUGAAAUUUUGGUGGCCCAUACUCCUGCUCAUACUCCAGAUAGUGGCUCUUUUGUACGGGGUGAGAAGAAGGAAUAG